AUGAGUUCACCAUCUAAGUCAAAUAAUUCAACCCAAAAGUAUUUAACUGUGUCCUGUGAAGAUUCAGCUGCCUAUGGUAUACCUUCCCAAGUUAAUGAAGGUGCUUCAUUGCCAGUUAAACCUGAGGUAUUGAACGAAUUAAGAAUGACUCAAAGCUCUUUAACUAAUGUUUUUCCUGUACCACAAAAUUCACUUUCGCACAGAUGCUUAGGAGUCAUACGUGAUCAAACUCGUGGUUUUAUAAUCAUCGGCUAUAAUUUGGUUUUACAAAACGAUAUCAACUGGGAGCGAGCACGAACGAACUUUCAAUCAUUUCUAGCUCGUCACUUUCAUACCGCUCAUGUCAAUAUUGAUGUUAUAGGUGUUGCAUGGAACGCUUCUCACUGUUGGUAUAUCAUGCGAGAAAAUGAGAUCAAAAUGGUUUCUAAGCCAACAACAUUAGAAACCCUGCCAGAUGAAGUCUUACUGGAAGUUUGCGAAUAUUUAUUAAAUGUUGAUAUUCUAUAUUCAUUUUUCGAUUUGAACUCGCGUAUGAGACGAAUGAUAUCUCAAUAUUACGAUAGCAUCUCAUUACACAAAGCGUCGAUUGUUCAAUCGUCGUACCUUUGUCAAACCGUUCUUCCUCAAAUUGGCUCUUGCAUACAAUCAUUAGUUGUCGAUCGUUGUUACUCCGUAAUGCAACAUGAGUUAUUUAUAAAGCAUUUUAGCGAGCGAAUGUCUCGAGUAUUUCCUUCGCUUAAAAGGAUUUCUCUUGUUGGCUUUCAAUACAGUCAUUUAGUGGCAUUUUUAGACAGUUUACACGAUUUCAAACAUCUGGAAGAAAUCCAUCUACACGAUCUUUUUGGCAUCAAUGAAGAACAUCAAGCCGAUGCUCUUCGUGCAUUAUUACAAGCUAAUAAUAACCACUUGACAUCUAUAUUGGUUAAUACAGAGUCAAGUUUUCUGCAAUUUUACCAUACUGAUUGUUAUGCAAAUAUCCGUCGACUUCGUCUGACAUUGAAAGGAAUCAAAGACUUAGCCGCAUUCUUUGUUGUCGUACCGAAUAUUCAGUACUUGGAUGUGACACUCAUAGAAGAAGACAUGGAAAAUGUUCCAACUGAUGAAUUAAAGAUUGAUUCGCUCAAUCAUCUCGUUGAUUUUCAACUACGUUCAACCAAACGUUGGUGGAAUGGCGAGGAACUACAGUUUAUGCUUCUUCACUUACCAAACGUCAAGUUUCUUGCGCUCUUCAUCUGUGUUUUCGAUGAAAAAUUAGUCUAUGGUAAUGAAAUUCUCUCGUUAUUACCUCCACGUGUUCAACAUUUUCAUUACGCUAUCUUUUACCCGCCGAAUAUGGUGUUCGAUCACAACAACUGUAUCAUCAAAAGUUGGCCGACAUCAUAUCCUAUUGUUUGUCACUACAGUGACGAUUUUGGAUUCCUUCACACGUUACCAUGGCAUUUCAAAUGUAUUACAUUUCCCACAUCGAUUGGCAAAGAGAUGUGUAAACCAACGAAGUGUAAAACUGGUUACGAUACAGGAGUGAAAAGAUUGGAAGUGGCUUUGGAUGAAAGUUUAACUCUAAAUGAUUCAUUAGGAAUGAUUGCACAAUGUCGUCGAUUGAAACAUUUGAUUAUUUUUGUUAACGCUACUAGCGAAGCUAGCAAAGAAGAGAAGCAAAAUGAAUCAAUAAGUCUACCGGUGUUUCUCCAAUUGACUCAAAUUUUCAUCUAUGCAUCGAAUAUAAUUGGCUUCGAACAAUUCUCAUCGAUCUUUUUCUCUGCACCAAAUCUUAUCCGUCUAGACUUACCUUGUGAUUAUCUACUUAAUCUACUUGAAAAACAACCGAUGCGGGAUCUACUUGGUCAACGAAUCAAAUCAUUGGUUGUUUUGGAUGCCACCAGAGCAUCGUCUGUUAAACUCACUGAAGAAAAUGUUCAUUUAAUCGCAAUGACAUUUACAAAUCUUUGUGAUGUGUAUGUCGAUGUAACGCAUUUAACGUCGACUUCGAAUGAAAUCGUGCCAUCGUCGAUGGAAUCAAUGGUGAUUCGUCUGUUGUCAGAAUUCAUGCCGCGCAAACUUAUUUCAUUAGUCGUCGAUAUUCAACCAUCGGAAGAAAUUAAAACGAAUUCCAAGCAGUGGUUAUACGAAAAUACGAUUCUCCGACAUCAAUUAUUCGAUGCUGAUUUUAAUAAGGAGCUAAAUCGAUUGAUAAUAUGGAUGUAA